AUGGCCGACGCUGUAACUGAAAACCAGCAGGAAGCUCAACAAAAGGUUUGCGAUAUUACGACUUCUUUUUUUUUCCAAAAUUCCGAAGUAUUUGUUCAAUAAACUAGAAAAAAAUUUGCGCCUAGGGUGUUCAGCACAGGUUAUAUACUUAAUUGUAGUUUUUGAGAAACGGGAGAAUUUGUGAUAAUUUUUUUAGUGGAUGAGGUGGGACAAGUUUUGGUGAAAGUGUCCUUUGCUCCUGAAUAUUAUAUCUGAAAAUAAUCUUUAAGCCUGCGGACACCGUCGAAACUAUGGACACUGCCGGUCCUGAACAAGCCCCUUCUCACACAGAAACUGCGCAAGAAGUUUGUUUUUUUUUCCGAUGGAGCUAACGCUCUGAAUCCUUUUUGUAGUUUUAGCAAUUUAUUAACAGAUCAGAAUAUGAUAAAAGAUUAUCUCAACUUUCCCACGCCCACAGAUAAUGCGUGGAUUAUUCGCUGUAUGAUUUCAUAUGAACUAGCCGUCGGAAAAGCUUAAUCACAUGCGUAGUACGGAGAAAGUUCUCCCUAUAUACUUCAUAAAUUCAUCUGUAGCUAUGGUACCAUGGGCAUAUUCUCAAUCUUAUUUUGACUUCGUAUGUUUUUUUUUAUUAUUGAAAGGAGGUUUUUAUAAUAAUGUUUUUCUAAUUCAAUUUCUAAUCUUUAGUAAUUCAUCGAAGUGUUUUUGAUAAAAGACAAAAUAUACAUCAAGUACAGAAUUUAUUAAGUUGCUUUGAAAAAGAGCUCUUUUUGUGCCGAAGAUUAUUCGAGUUUCUGAGACAGUUUUGACUCGUUGGUCCUACGCGUGGGCCAUUAAAAGAUCCGAUAAAAAUAGAAAGGGAUCUUCAUGAGAACCGCGGGGGCGCUAUUUCAAUUUUUUUUUAUUUUUCACUCAAAGUGGAUUUUUAGCCUCAUACUGAUAACGCCGUGGAGAAUCACGCUCCAGCGCAGCCACAGGCUCCGGUCCCUCCCAGCGCGCCGGCUGCAAGAAAUCUUCAGUCGAUUCCGACCAGACAGUACCUCGACCAAACGAUUGUUCCGAUUCUGCUUCAGGUUCUUGUUUAAUUGGAAGCUUUUUGAUUUUGCUUUUUUUUUCAGGGCUUGGGAGCUCUCGCCAAAGAACGUCCUGAGAAUCCAGUCGAUUUCCUGGCCAAGUUUCUUCUCAGGGAGAAGGACCGUUAUACCAUUCAACCCAACUCUGAAAACUGA